AUGUCUCUGUGGGUGGAAUUGCAUGUGGGCUUCAAACAUUCUUUUCAGACAACAGACCUGAUCAGCACAGCUGGAUACGACAACAUUGUCCAGCACUUGAACGACGGCCGGAAGAACUGCAAAGAAUUUGAGGAUUUUUUGCGAGAAAGGGCUUCUAUAGAAGAAAGAUAUGGGAAGGAGCUGAUGAACCUGUCACGGAAGAAGCCGUGUGGACAGACAGAGCUAAACACCCUGAGAAGAGCACUGGAGGUUUUCAAGCAACGAGUGGAGACGGUCGGCCAGAUCCAUAUGCAGCUAGCCCAGAACCUCAGGGAAGAAGCCAAGAAAAUGGAGGAUUUCAGAGAAAAGCAAAAAUUCCACCGUAAAAAGAUUGAACUAAUAAUGGAUGCCAUUCAUAAAAACCGGAAUCUGCAGUACAAGAAAACCUUAGAAGGCAAGAGGCUCUACGAACAGCGAUGCAGAGACAAAGACGAAGCAGAGCAAGCCGUUCAUCGGAGCAGCAACCUGGUUACACUGAAGCAGCAGGAAAAG